CCAGGUGACUGAGCCCCAGCUGACGGAGGAAGUGCAACUGCCAACACCAGAGUCCAAAGAGAUAUAUUCUAAUAACAAGCAUAUCAUAUAAGCAUAUUAUGAAGAUAAGACAUCUUAAUUAUCUAUGUUAACUAACUAAUUCUGAUUCUUCCGCUACACCCGUCCCUGUUCUAUGUGUUAUCAUUUCUUGUGCUAUCGUUGUGCAUACUGUAUCGCACUGAGAUGCAUUCCUGCCUCUGUUUGUCUAGAUGAGGUCUUCAGACAGCCUCCCUUCCCCAUGAACACCAUGGAUGUGAUGACCCCCUUCCACUUUAGAGACUGGGUGGACAAACAGCAACCCUCACUGGCCAGUGGACGCCCCAUAGACAUGUUUGGGGCCCAGUUUGAGACAGAGACCCUUCUGUAUGGGCCCGGGCAGACAGAGGCUUGUGAACGAGAAACUGAUGUCUGGAUAUGGCAGCAGGAGGGAUCCUCCCAUGUGACUCUGGAUGGCCAAGAGUUCCCUCUAUCCACAGGAGACAGUCUACUCAUUCCUGGACACAGCCAGUACCAAUGGAGUCGGGCCGAGGGGAGUGUUUCCCUGUUUGUUGCUCAGAACCCAGAGAGAAAGCGUGCAUGACCUCUGAUGACCCCACUCUCUUCUGUGACACACAAGGAAAAAGGAGGGUCAGCAAAAGAGAUUGUAUGCUCUUUUGCUACAGAGAGCAUAAUUAUAACCCUGUCAUAAAUUACGUUGAAGAAUAACUCUGCAAUGAACUCAAAGAUCAGAUAUGGAGAGGUAGAGUAAAACAGGGAGUAAAACUAUUUGUUAUUUUCAGAACAAAUUAUAAUGGAACAUCUUCACAAACGUAAUUUAAAUAAUAAACUUGAUUAAGUUGCAGUA